AUGACCUCGGCCUCCGUAACUCCGUCGAGAAACUCUUUGGAUGAUGAAUUUGACGAAGAAACAAGAAGCUUAUCACCUCCACGUUCACCGCAAUCCUCCUCAAUAUCUCCUUCCUCUUCUACACAAUCUCUAACAAAAGGCAAUAAUAUUGGUCAUGAUUAUUAUCCUCCACUUUCCCCUGAAGAUAUCAAAGAUGAUUUUUGGGAUUCUAUUUAUAACCGAAGUCCAUCGGAGUCCUCUAUAACAUUCGAGUAUCAACAUCAUAGGUCUUCGAUACCCAGCGUGGCGUCAUCCACUUCAUCCUGCUUCAGUUACCGGCAAGACAACGCACCGUUAAGGUGGAGAAAUAAACAUGCUUCCAAUUCAAAAAACCAAGUUAUUGGUCAAUCGACGAACACUUCCAUAGCAGGUCAGAACUAUAUUAAAUAUUCAUACAGGGAGGCAAUGGAUGUGAUAUGCGGUGGUGAAGUUCAAAAUUCCUAUCCCCGUCAAGAAUGCAAAAGUCCCGACGUCAUCCCACUUACUCCCGACGUCACCCCAUAUACUUCGGUCACAACCUUGAGUAACAUCUCGGAAUCUUUGGAUCCAUCAAUUUUGAACUCGGAUGGAAUUUUCAAGUUAUCUGAACUUCACAUGAUAUCACUUCUCCAAAGGGACGAUUUGGAAAUACCCGAAGUUGAGAUAUGGAAUAAAGUUAUAGCUUGGGGUGUGAAAAAUGCCUUUACAGAUCAAUUUGAUGCUGAUGUAUCAAAAUGGUCACCAAAGGAUUUUGAAGCGCUCGCAAAAACAUUGAGAAAUUGUAUAUACUGGAUUCGAUUUCAUCAGAUCGAACCUUUCGACUUUGCCAAAUACGUCCUCCCGUAUAGGCCAAUUAUACCACCAUUUAUCAUUGGCAAUUUCUUGCGACAACAAAUUACUGGUCACAUUCAAUUGACACCGUUGUUGGCACCGCCAAGAAUAGCUUCAACAUUAGUGGACUCAUCCAUCAUUACCGGUCGACAUGCAACAAUUUUAGAAAGUUGGAUAAAAGAAAAUGAAUUAUCGGACAAAAAUUUCUCUUGUAAAUUCAAUCUUCUCUAUCGCGGAAGUCGUGACGGCGUCUCAUCAAAAAAAUUUCAUAGAAGAUGCGACAAUCAGGGUCCGACAAUAUUGAUUGUAAAAAUUUUUGGUUCCGACCAAAUUGUUGGUGGAUUUAAUCCAAUAAGUUACCAGCGAACGCGAAAAAUUUGGAUGAGAAAUACCAAGGAAAAAAAGGAAAACUUGGAAAAAAUGAAUUCAUUCAUAUUUUCUUUCCAGGCGCGCUAUUAUCCGGAAGAAACUGCUGUAAUAAGUAGAGUAUUGUUACAGCAUGCGAAGGAGGCCACAAUAAAACAUCGCCUCGGUCCGUGUUUUGGCAUCGGACCGGACCUUUUGGUUAAAUUGGAUGUAAAUGACAAGUCAACCAAACUUCAUCCCGCUUCCUACGAACAUUCUAUAUUAGAUCGUGAGAACGUGGAAUGGGAGGACUUUGAAAUAUUUCAAGUUGUAAAAGCCUCAUAA